AUGAGCCGUCUCGAAAAAUUUCACUUCACAUCGAGGGUCAAUAGCGAUAUUGACGUGAGACAGCUUCCAGCUGAGAAUUUCUCUAAUGAUGAUAAGGAUUCCUUCAACAUCGAAGAAGAUGAUGGCGACAAUGGACGAGCACUCUGUGAAGCAGAUAAUGAGGAAGAAGAUGAGGCCACGAGAGCGGCUUUGCAAAGCAAAUAUAAUUUCAGCAAACCAUUUUUCGACGAUGGUGAAGAUGCUGGUUAUUAUUUUGAAUUAAAUAGUGAGAGUAAUAAUGAGGAAGAAAAUGAUGAUAUGGGUGCGAUGUUUCCUGAUGAUGAUGAUACUGGUUAA